GUACCUAUAACAAGUUGCAACCUAAGAAAUAUGACCCUUACAAGGAGUUGAAGAAAUUUAACUAUAAUGCAUAUGUUGUGGACCUACCAAACACAAUGGGCAUUUCCAAAACUUUUAAUGUGGUAGACCUUUAUCCUUUCUACUCUUUAAAGGAACCAUUAUAUCUAGAUGCACAAGAUAACUUGAGGUCGAGCUCUUCUCGAGUGGAGGGGACUAAUGAGAG